UAAUUUCCCCCUGCCUGGUGUAAUUUUUCGAGUGAACAGAGCAGGGCCAAGAAGACGGGAGGCAGCCCCCGUGUCCCUCAGAAAGAACAAGGGAUUAAGGUGGGGAACGGUUUAAGAAGGUGACGGUGGUGGAAAACAGGACGUUCUGGACAUACACAGCAAAGCCUUGGUCAUGAAGCUGCAGUAAGGAAGACAAGGACUUCUUGCUCACGUGUUUUUUUUUCUCGGGGGAAUUUGAAUUUGGAUUUGGACAACAGACUCAGGUGUCUUACUUUUUGUUUCCACUGGGAUUGAGUGCGCUGUUUUUUUGGAGCGGGAACGUCGGCCAACAUGGAGGGCGGCAACGCGCCAGCAGCCCUCGUCUUGAACGAGGAAGAGCUGAAGAGGAAGCAGAAGGAGAAACUGAAGAAGCUGGCGGCCACAGGGGGUAACCCCCGUCCCGCCCGCUCCCUCUUCCUCUUCACGCUGAAGAACCCCUUCCGCAAGGCCUGCAUCAACAUCGUGGAAUGGAAGCCAUUUGAGGUUAUAAUCCUUCUGACUAUCCUGGCUAACUGUAUUUCCCUGGCUAUCUUCCUGCCCUUGCCUGAGGUGACCACCGAGGACUCCAACAACACCUUGGAGAUUCUGGAAUACAUCUUUCUGGUCAUCUUCACUGUGGAGUGCUUUCUAAAAUUAGUGGCGUACGGGUUCUUAUUCCAUGAAGGGGCGUAUUUACGGAAUUGCUGGAAUUUACUGGACUUUGUCAUCGUGUUUAUGGGCCUUUUCACUCUCAUUGUGGACGGCAUCAACAAACUGGGUGGGCACCCUGUGGAGAAGCAAGGCGGGUUUGACAUGAAAGCCUUAAGGGCCUUCCGAGUCCUGCGUCCGUUGCGUCUCAUCACAGGCGUCCCGAGUCUGCAUGUGGUGAUGGACUCCGUCAUCAAAGCCAUGCUGCCCCUCUUCCACGUCGCCCUGCUGGUGUUCCUCGUGGUCACCAUUUAUGCUAUCAUGGGUCUGGAGCUCUUCAAGUGCAAGAUGCAUAAGACCUGCUACUAUGAAGGAACAGACAUCCUGGCGACUGAGGGGAACGAGGUUCCUGCCCCAUGUGCCCAGGCUGGCCACGGGCGCCGGUGCACCAUCAACGGGACGGAGUGCCGGGGGGGCUGGCCGGGACCGAAUUAUGGCAUCACUCACUUUGACAACUUUGGCUUUGCCAUGCUCACGGUCUUUCAGUGCAUCACAACUGAGAGCUGGACCGAUGUUCUGUACUGGGUGAAUGAUGGUAUUGGUAAAGACUGGGCCUGGGUGUAUUUUGUGAGUCUCAUUUUGCUAGGCUCUUUCUUUAUGCUGAAUCUCAUUCUUGGAGUCCUGAGUGGGGAGUUCUCCAAGGAGCGCGAAAAGUCCAGAUCCAGGGGAGAGUUCACGAAGUUGAGGGAGAGACAGCAGCUGGACGAAGACUUGCAUGGAUACAUGGAAUGGAUCACUCAAGCAGAGGUCAUGGACUGUGGGGAUGGAACAGCGCUGCUUCCUCUGAAAGAGAAUGGCUUAGAAACAGACAACCUGUAUGACAUGGAAGGCUGGAACCGUGUAGUCUACUACUAUCGCCUGGCACGCCGCUGGAACACAAUUUUACGGCGGAAAUGCAUCAACGUUGUGAAGACCAAGUGGUUUAACCGGAUGGUGAUUCUCACCGUCUUCCUUAACACACUGGCCAUUGCCACAGAGCAUCAUCACCAGUCUGAAUCGCUCACACUGUUGCAAGAUGUUGUCAACAGAAUCUUCUUGACUCUGUUUGCUAUUGAGAUGUUCAUGAAGAUGUAUGCCUUUGGCCUGCCAGUCUAUUUUUUUUCCGUACUCAACCGCUUUGACUGCUUCGUGGUGCUGGUUGGCAUUCUGGAGAUCAUCCUGGUGUCAGCCAAUGUCAUGACACCCCUGGGCAUCUCGGUGAUGAGGUGCAUACGACUGUUGCGCCUGCUGAAACUCACAAAGAAUUGGCCAUCCUUGGCCAACCUCAUAGCCUCCUUGCUGAACUCAGUGCGGUCCAUUGCCUGCCUUCUUCUCCUCCUCUUCCUCUUUAUUGUCAUCUUCUCGCUCGUGGGGAUGCAGGUGUUUGGUGGCAAAUUCAACUUCCCUGACCAAGUGCCGCGGCGUAGCAACUUCAACAACUUCCCUCAGGCUCUGAUCAGUGUCUUCCAGGUCCUGACGGGAGAGGAUUGGAACUCCAUCAUGUAUGAUGCCAUAAUGGCUCACGGAGGGCCAUCUUUCCCUGGGAUCCUUGUCAGCAUUUACUUUGUCACCCUUUAUGUCUGUGGAAACUUUAUCCUUUUGAAUGUCUUCCUGGCCAUCGCCGUUGACAACCUCACAGAGGCAGAGACCCUAACGUCAGGCCAAGCGGAGAAAGAAAUGGAGAAGGAGCGCAAGAAGCUUAAAAAAAAGAAGAGUGAAGAGGAGAGGAAUACUUUAGCCAAGAAGCUGGCUGACCAGAGGGCCAAGGCAAUGGAGGGAAUGGCCACAACAGCAACGAUGAAAGUAGAUGAAUUUGAAUCGAAUGUCAAUGAGGUGAAGGACCCCUUCCCCACCGCUGACUUCCCAGGUGAUGAUGAGGAGGAGCAGCCGGAGAUCCCAGAUACCCCUAGGCCGAGGCCCAUGGCCGACCUGCAGCUCAAAGAGGAGGCGGUUCCCCUGCCUGAGGCCAGCUCCUUCUUCAUAUUUGGACCUGAGAACAAGAUUCGUAAGAUGUGCUACCGGAUCAUCAACCACUCCUACUUCACCAACACCAUCCUGCUCUUCAUCCUCCUCAGCAGUAUCUCCCUGGCUGCUGAAGAUCCCAUUGAUCCCAAUGCCUUCAGGAAUAAGAUCCUGGCCUAUGCUGAUAUUGUCUUCACCUCUGUGUUCACCAUUGAGAUUGUGCUCAAGAUGACUGUUUACGGUGCAUUUCUGCACGAGGGCUCUUUCUGCAGAAACUCCUUCAACAUCCUGGAUCUUAUUGUUGUGAUCGUUUCCCUCUUGUCUUUUGGAUUGGAGUCCAGUGCCAUCUCUGUGGUGAAGAUUCUCAGGGUGUUGAGGGUACUCCGGCCUCUAAGAGCUUUAAACAGAGCCAAAGGGUUAAAGCAUGUGGUCCAGUGUGUCUUUGUUGCUGUCAAGACUAUUGGCAACAUCAUUCUGGUCACUAUGGUGCUAGACUUUAUGUUUGCCUGCAUAGGUGUGCAACUUUUUAAGGGGAAAUUCUACUCUUGCACAGACCCCUCCCAACUCACAGAGGCCGAUUGUCAGGGGAACUUCACUAAACAAAUGCAGUUUUCUCUACAUGACACUGAGGUCAGACCACGAGAGUGGGUCAACAAUGAUUUCAACUUUGACAACAUUUUUAGAGCCAUGCUGGCUCUCUUCACCGUGUCCACGUUUGAGGGCUGGACAGAGUUGCUGUACAAAGCCAUUGACUCAGACAAAGAGGACAUGGGUCCUGUUUUUAACAACCGGGUGGAUAUUUCCGUCUUCUUCAUCAUCUACAUCAUCCUGAUUGCCUUCUUCAUGAUGAACAUUUUUGUGGGAUUCGUCAUUGUUACCUUCAGAACACAAGGAGAGCAAGAAUAUCCGGACUGUGAGCUGGACAAAAACCAGCGUCAGUGUGUGCAGUACGCGCUGAAAGCUAGACCUCUCCGAUGCUACAUUCCCAAGAACCCCCAUCAGUACCAGGUGUGGUACCUGGUGACGUCGUGUUACUUUGAGUACCUGAUGUUCUUCCUCAUCAUGCUGAACACGCUCUGUCUGGGGAUACAGCAUUGUAACCAGUCAGACCAUGUGACAAAGCUAUCAGAUACCCUGAACAUCAUCUUCACAGUCCUCUUUACAUUGGAGAUGGUUGUAAAGCUGAUUGCCUUUAAAGCAAAGGGUUACUUUGGAGACCCCUGGAAUGUCUUUGACUUCCUCAUUGUCAUUGGUAGUGUUGUUGAUGUGGUCUUGAGUGAAGUGGAUGCAGCACUUGCUUCCAGUGGUGGACUGUAUUGCCUUCAGGGUUGUGCUGAGACCAACCCACUGCAAGCCAUUGCAGAUGCAGAAAACGCCCGUGUUACCAUCACGUUCUUCCGACUGUUCCGUGUCAUGCGUCUGAUAAAGCUUCUCCAUCGAUCAGAGGGCAUACGGAACCUUCUGUGGACAUUCAUCAAGGCCUUCCAGAUCUUCCCCAACGUGGCUCUCCUCAUCAUCAUGCUUUUCUUCAUCUACUCGGUCGUGGGGAUGCAGAUAUUUGGCAAGAUAGCCUUACUGGACGGCACGGAGAUAAACCGCAACAACCACUUCCAGACAUUCCCCAGCGCUAUCCUGCUUCUGUUUCGGUGUACCACAGGAGAGGGGUGGCAGAGGAUCAUGCUGGGAUGCAUGGGUGGGAAGCUGUGUGAUCCCAAAGCAGCGGUCCACCCUGGAGAGGAGUACACAUGUGGGUCCAACUUUGCAGUCUUCUACUUCCUCAGCUUCUACAUGCUGUGUGCCUUCUUGAUUAUCAACCUCUUUGUGGCGGUCAUCAUGGACAACUUUGACUACCUGACACGUGACUGGUCAAUCCUGGGUCCACACAACCUGGAUGAGUUUAAGAAGACCUGGGCUGAGUAUGACCCAGAGGCCACGGGUCGAAUCAAACACUUGGAUGUCGUCACCCUUCUGCGGAGUAUCCAGCCACCACUUGGCUUUGGUAAAUUCUGCCCUCACCGGGCAGCAUGUAAGCGUUUGAUAGGCAUGAAUAUGCCAAUGAACAGCGAUGGAACGGUCACCUUCAACGCUACCUUGUUUGCCCUUGUUAGAACAGCCCUCUAUAUUAAAACAGAAGGUAACUUUGAACAAGCCAACGAGGAGCUGAGAGCCAUCAUCAAGAAGAUUUGGAAACGCACCAGUAUGAAGUUGCUGGACCAGGUGAUUCCACCCAUAGGAGAUGAUGAGGUGACAGUUGGGAAGUUCUACGCCACCUUCCUUCUCCAGGAGCAUUUCCGCAAGUUCAUGAAACGACAAGAAGAGUUGUACGGAUACCGCCCAAACAAGAAGAGUGCAUCAGAAAUACAGUGUGGCCUUCGGAACAUUGACGAGGAAGCAGCAGGGGAUCUGCACAGGGCCAUCUCAGGAGACCUUAUUGCUGAGGAUGAGAUGGAUCGAGCCGUGGAGGCUGGAGAGGAGGGCAUCUACAGGCGAACUGGAGGUCUGUUUGGCAACAACAUGACUCAGAUCUCAUCCGAGCCCAGCAGUCCCACGUCUGCGGGGGUGACCAACCAGAGGCCUCUGCAGUUCUCCGAGAGCCGCCCAGGGGACACAGAGUCCCCACCACCCUCAGCGUUCUUGCCCGUCACCGAGUUCUCCUCUGCCACUCCAACAAGAUCCAACACCAACAACAACGCUGCCAACUUCUUCGGAGGACUUGUGUAUGAGAGUGAACUACCAUUUGAUGAGGAGAAGAAAGACUACGCCAAUCAAGAUGUACGGUAUAGCACACAAGAUGGCUUUUUGAGAGACGAAUCACUCACAAGGGCCAGUCAGAUGAGGCGCCUAUCAGAUUUACCCAUCAGAACGGAUAUCACCCAGUUCCCCGUUAACCUCUCUGGGGGUGAGUCAGAGGCCCAGUGCAGCCCUGCUACAGACAAGCUGAUCCAGGAGAGUCUGAAAGAAAGUGGUUUAGGCGCUCUGGCGAGAGAUCCCGAGUUUGUGGCCGUGACCAGGCAGGAAAUGUCCGAAGCGAUACAGAUGGACGUGGCUGAGAUAGAAGGUGCGGCCCAGGGCAUCCUCAACGGGCGCAGUGGCCGCGUCACGAGGCGCAAGCGUCGCCCAAUCCCUGUCCCCCCUCCAGGCCGGCCCAGCUCCAGGAGCCUACUGAGACUACCAGUCAGCGCAAGCGUCGCCCAAUCCCUGUCCCCCCUUCAAGGCCCGCCCAGCUCCAGGAGCCUACUGAGGCUACCAGUCAGCUGUAGGCCAGUACCACACAUUCAAUUCAAUUCAAUUCAAUUCAAUUCAAUUCAAUUCAAUUCAAUUCAAUUCAAUUUUAUUUAUAUAGCGCCAAAACAAUAAAGUUGUCUCAAGGCG